AUGCAGGUGACAUUCUGCAGACUUCGGACUCACCAGUGGUGUUUCAUUCUGUUUAAUGUUAUCCUAUUUCAUGCCUUGUUUUUUGGGGCUGAUUUUGUGGAAGAAUACUUUCUGCAUGCUUUGCCUUAUGUAGAUAUGAAAGUUCUUGAAAUUAAGGAUAAGGCAAGAAAAUUGAACAUGGAGCCCCUAAGAAGUAAUCUUUCCAAAUAUUAUAUCAUGAGCCAGUUGGAGGUGUGUAAAGGGAAGAACAUAUUUUUGCUCUCUCUUAUCUUCAGUAGCCCCGGGAAUCGAACAAGACGGGACCUCAUCAGAAAAACCUGGGGUAACAUGACCAGUGUCCAAGGGCAUCCCAUUCUCACACUGUUUGCUUUGGGAAUGCCUAUUAUGGCAACUACCCAGCAAGAGAUAGACAAAGAGUCCUAUAAGAAUAACGAUAUAAUCGAAGGAAUCUUUUUGGACAGUGCUGAGAACCAAACUCUAAAGAUCAUCACAAUGACGCAGUGGGCUGUGACUUUCUGCCCUAACGCCUUAUUCAUUCUCAAAGUUGAUGAAGAUAUGUUUGUCAAUCCACUAAGCUUGGUAAAUUACCUUCUCAACUUGAAAGAACACCUUGAAGAUAUCUAUGUAGGAAGAGUUAUCCAUCAGGAUAUGCCCAAUAGAGACCCUACUAGUCAAGAAUUUGUCCCUCUUAUUGAAUACCCAGAAAAGUACUACCCAGAUUACUGUAGUGGUGAGGCCUUUAUUAUGUCCCAAGAUGUGGCUCGGAUGAUGUAUAUAGUUUUCAAAGAAGUACCCAUUAUGGUGCCUGCUGAUGUGUUUGUAGGAAUUUGUGCCAAGUUUGUUGGCCUUAUACCCAUCCACAGUUCAAGGUUUUCUGGGAAAAGACACAUCAGAUACAACAGAUGUUGCUAUAAGUUCAUCUUCACAUCUUCAGAAACUACUGAUGCCGAAAUGCCCUUGGCAUGGAAGGAAAUUAAUGAUGGGAAAGAAUGUACACUGUUCGAAACUUACUCUGGACUCAUUUCCUGCAAGCUUCUGACAUACCUUGACAGCUUUAAACGUUUUCAUAUUGGUAGCAUAAAAAACGCCAUGUAUUCUGGUGAUUAG